AUGCGAGGUAUAGGGACGCUGUGCGCGCUAGCCGCGCCGGCCGCGGCGCUACUAGCCAGCGGGCCCUUCACCACGUCCGGGCGGUGGAUCCUGGCCGGCGACAACAAGACCAACGUCAACCUGGCGGGCAUCAACUGGCCCGGGGCCGGGGAGGCCAUGAUCCCCGAGGGCCUGCAGUACCAGUCGGCCGCCGUCAUCGCGGCCCGCAUCAAGAGCCUAGGCAUGAACGUGGUGCGGCUGACUUAUGCGACCGAGAUGGUGGACCAGAUCUUCGCCAACGGCGGCGCCGACGUCACCGUGCAAAAGUCGCUCAUCGCAGCCCUGGGCCAGCAGAACGGCACGACCGUCUGGGAAAUGGUCAAGAAUAGCAAUCCUCAGUUUGAUGAUACUAUUACGAGGUUACAAGCGUUUGAUACAGUAGCUUCAGAAUUGGCAAAACAGCAAAUCUACGUGCUAGUAGAUAACCACGUAUCCAAGGCUCAAUGGUGCUGCUCUCCCCUGGAUGGAAAUUCUUGGUGGGGAGACACAUAUUUUUCGACCGCAAACUGGACGCGUGGACUCACGUACAUGACCGAGCACACCAGGGAUUGGCCCAAUUUGAUUGGACUGUCCCUGCGGAACGAGCUCCGCCAGCCCCUGACCAACAUCACGCUCUACCAGCAGGCGUACAACUGGGAAACCUGGUACGCGCGAACGCGCGAGGGCGCAGCGGCCAUUCACAAGGCGAACCCGGACGCGCUCGUCUUCCUAUCCGGGCUCGACUCGGACACGACGCUGCAGCCGGUGGUGGAGGGCAGCAACCUGACGCCGGGCAAGGCCAUGUUCAGUCCUGGCGACUACUUUGACGGCGCCAAGAGCAAGCUAGUCCUGGAGCUGCACAGCUACGCCAACAUCAUCAACGAGCGCCUGGCCAAGAACUGCACCGGCCUCAGGGAGUCACUGGUGCAGGGCGGCUGGAGCGCGAUGAGCACGGCGGCGUCUCCAGGCGGCGGCGCAAACAACGUCAAGAACCGCCUGCCGACCCUCAUGACCGAGUUCGGCUGGGGUCAAAACGACCAAGAGUGGAACAGCACCUACGCCACGUGCAUUCAGGAUUUCUUGAGGGAUGACGUCCGCGCCGGCUGGAUGAUCUGGGCCAUCUCGGGGAGCUACUACGUCCGCGAGGGCAGGCAGGAUUUUGACGAGCCUUGGGGUAUUUUGAAUCACGAUUGGUCCGACUGGAGGUCGCAAAAGCACGCAAUGGGCGAGUUGAAGCGUUUGGUCAAUUCCACCUUGUCCAUCACCAUGACUGGGGACUCCGACCCAAAUCCCAGUAGUGGUAGUGGCAGCGGCAAUAAUUCGCCGGGAAAGAAGAAUGCUUCGGGAAGCAUUAAAGGCUCAGUAUAUAACUGUGUUUGGGGCAUAGCUGCUUUGACUAUUUUCAACAUGUUCUAG